AUGUAUACCAGAUACCUUUCCCUGCUGAUGCCGGCCUUGAUGGCCAUUAUGACCGCAGCAACCGAAGCUCCUAUCGCAGGCUACAAUGUCUUUGUGCCUGAGUGGGAAGUAAGAGCCCACCCCAGUGGCGACGCACUUCGCCUCAACGGAACGGCGGAAGAAGUCAUCCAGCAGAUCGAGAAAAUCGACCCGGACUUCAAGGGAUCUUUCAACAUUGACGAUCUCCCAGAACAGGAGGAAGAGGUAAAUAGUCCACAAGAAUUGCACAGCCGCGGUGUGACAACGUUCCCGCUCGACAAGGUCAUCUGCGACAAUUUCAAGCCGGCCAAGUCGUCUGAGGUCAUGAGUGCCGUUCGAUAUCUGAACGAUAUUGGGGGGAGGCCCAAGAAUGGCGGUGGUCCAGCAAACUGUGGUAGGGUUAGCUGCGGUUACAAGGUCGCCGUUUGGUGGUGCAAUGAUAAUAUGAAGUAA